GAGGGAAGGAAGGACGGAGGCUACGCUGGAGAACCAUGCCCCAGAAGCACGCGAAGAACAAUUGCGCCUCCAAGUGCUUCAACCACUGGGAGAGAAAUGAGGCAGCCUCCGAUGGCCAUUACGGGACGAGGAAGGUGAGACUAGGCGGAGACUCCCAGCAGACGUUUGGACACUGCUCUCUGUGCAUCCACCCGGCUGUGGAGCCCAUGGCCACACCGUCUGGUCACGUGUAUUGCAAGGAGUGUAUCGUCGAGUUCCUGCUGACCAAGACGCAGGAGUUAAAGCGGCAGAGGGAGGCGUUCGAAGCGCAACAGAAAGACCAAGCUACGGACGAGGUGUCGGCGGACGCGAGUCGAAGAGUGGAGGCCACGAAUGACUUCGUGUCGAACCAGCAGCAGCUCGUCGUCACCAAGCCUCAAGCCACAAAACCGUCGGACUCUGGAAAGUCUGAGGGCAAAGGCAAGAAGCGCGGUAGGGAGGAGCAGACCGGGGUGGGGGCGGAUGCAUCAGCACCAUCAGGGAAAGAGGGGAAAAGGGACCAUGUCGUGGAGAAGGAACUGAGUCAGAUUGCGGUUCUCAAGAGCAAGAAGGAGCGGCAGGACCAGCUCAGAAUGACCAGCUGGUGGCUGCCGCAGUUUCAGCCGGAGGGUGUCAAGGAAGCUAUCGUGCAGCCUCCCAAGCGCCCGGGAAGCCCAAUGUCUGGGGAGCCCCUCCGGCCCAAGGACUUGAUCCCGGUGAUAUUCACCUUAGACAGCGAGAAGAAAAAGACGGCGCAUAUCUCUGGAGGGGACGGUAACCGAGGCAGCAUCAUCUGCCCUGUCACGCGGAAGGGCAUCAUUUCUCAGAAAGCGGUGCUCAUCAAGAGGACGGGACACGUGAUGCUGGAGGAUGCUGCCAAACAGUUCGCCUUGCCGACGAUGACCUGCCCGGUCACAGGAGAAAAGUUCAAGACGAAAGAUCUCAUCCCCCUCGUGAACGGGGGAACUUCGUUCACGGCCAGUGGCCAGGUCGAAGUCACCAAGUAUGCACCCUCACUCCGCUAGCGGCUCGGUAGGGUCCGCUGUGCUGCGUACAAAGUACACUUACUAAAGUGCUGCAAGUACAACUACACUAUGCUAUAGUAUACUGUACUGAACUGUACAUGUCCGUCGGUAACGUGAAGCUGGUAGCGUUGACUUGGCGUGUACCGGUAGGUCUCUUGGGCGGUAUCGGCCAUCAAGGGCUGGCUUUGGUGAGGGCACGCAGGUCCGAGAGAGAGGUCACCGAGUGUGCCAACGGUCGUAUGCAUGGGCUCGUGGUACCCUUGUCGUCUCACGCUGUCUCUGGCUGACUUUGUGCGAUACUGAGGACGAGUUGUCGAGAACGUCUUGGUGUUUGGGUCGUGGGGGGGGGGUCAAUGAAACGGCGAAAGCUACACGUUGAACAGGGCCUAUCGCUUCUUUUUUUUUAGAGUGUGUAGGGGCGAGCGAUGUUGUCGGAACCGUAUGUGGGGACUACGUAUGCAUGUGUAUUUGUAUGGCUGCGUCUCUGCUUGAGGUUGGACCUUUGCGAUGCCGGGCGGGUAUGCCCCUACAUGACUGUUUCAUGCAACUAACUGUGGGAUACUUCUGGCGUUCAGACGGAAAGCGAGCAAUUCUUGCAUGUUGAAGCACUUGCAGCGCUGCAUGCAGCAUAUUGAACAGCAAAAUGUUGAUCCUUUGUUGCGCAAGUUCGGUAUAUUAGUGUAUGUACGGCCUGACAGCCCAUGGCGUCUUGUCCGUCGUGUGAAAGCAUCGUUGACUGCAGUUUCUAUUGAGAUUCAAGAGUGGAGUAUCGCGUGUGUAUGUUCUUCCAAGUAGUAAAAAACAAAGAAGCAGGCGAGAAAUCGAGUCUCCAUCUUCAAGUCGCAGUACCUACACUGCUGUGGGGCUCGGCUGGAAGGACAUGCCUGAAAAUUCCAGCGCAUCUUUGUCGCGGUCCGAUGUCGUAUAUAGAAGUGUAGCAGCUGGGCUAUGUAGGAGCUUUGACUCUAGGCGCCAGAGAUCGUCUUUAGGCAAAUGACCUACUUCUUCAUGUCUGU